AUGGCUGACCACCGUCGGCACGAUUACUACGGCCGUGAAGAUCAAGACCAGUACGGCGCCGGCGGCAUGAUGAAGAGCAUGCUGCCGGAGCGCGGACCUUCCACUCAGCAGAUUCUAGCCGUGGUCACGCUCCUGCCGCUCGGCGGGUUCCUGCUGCUGGUAGCGGGCCUCGUGUUGGCGGCGACGCUGAUCGGGCUCGCGGUGGCGACGCCGGUGUUCGUGAUAUGCAGCCCGGUGAUCGUUCCGGCGGCGCUGGCGAUCGGGAUGGCGGUGAUGGGGUUCCUGACGUCCGGUGCGUUCGGGAUCACGGCGCUGUCGUCGCUGUCGUGGAUGGCGAACUACAUUCGCCGGACGAGGGUCGGGGCGGUGGUGCCGGAGCAGAUGGAGCACGCGAAGCGGCGGGCCCAGGAUGUGGCGGGCCAGGUGGGGCAGAAGGCUCGGGAUGUGGGCCAGGCUGUUCAGGGGAAGGCCCAGGAUGCCACCAGGAGUGUCCAGGAAGGUGUUGGGUCCAGGAGCCCUGGGCGUACUUAA